AUAUAACAGGAGAGGUUGAUUGAAUGUCCAAUCUAUUUCCUUGAUGGUCUGUGCAUGCCGAUUUUUUCCAUUUGUUGAUUUGUAUAAUUGUUUAACUUGCUGACUGGCUGCAGAGAGCUCAAAUAAACUUAUCCGGUCAAUUACUUGGAGCCGGUCUCCGUGAUCACGGUCUUCGUCCUGCAAAAGUCUUGUUUCAUGUAGUUCCAGAAGUUCUUCUACUUGGACAGGAUUGAAGACUGAUAUGUUUGAUGAUUAUGGGGGGAUGGAAUCUGGAAGCCACUCAUUGACCCUAGGAAGGUUGUAUGCUUGGGAAAGAAACUCUAUGAGGAAGUGAAGGCAGCAGACCAGACCAGGAAAACUUAUGACCAAAAAUGUUCUCAAACGAGAAACUGCAAUGUUAAACGAGAUGGCCUCUACUCUGGUGACAAAACCCGAGAUGAAGUGAAAGACUUGCAUAGCAGAAUUUUGGUUGCAAUACGAAGUGCUGAAACAAUCUCGGAAAGAAUUGAAAAACUGAGGGAUGAAGAGUUGCAACCACAACUAAUAGAGCUGCUACAUGGCCUAAUGAGGAACUGGAAGAUAAUGAUGGAAUCACACGAAACCCAAAACCGAAUCAUGUUCGAAGUUACCUAUUUCAACUGUCCUACUUAUGGAAAGUUUUGUAACGACUUUCACUGUCUUGCAACACUUCAGCUUGUGGCAGAACUUCAUAAUUGGCGCUCUUGUUUUGUUGCAUAUUUAUCUGCACAGAAGGCAUACAUUGAAGCUCUCAGUGAGUGGCUUUCCAAGUUCAUUGCCCCUGAGGUAGAAUUACGAUCCAAGAAGAGGUGUUCUGCCCCGGCAUUAGGAGUCAAUGGACCACCUUUGCUCGCAACUUGUCGUGAAUGGUUGGCUAGCUUGGAGAAGUUGCCGAACGAAGCUGUUAUUUGUGCAUUAAAAAGCUUUGGAAAGGAUAUGCACGCACUUUGGGUUCAACAGGGAGAAGAGCAAAAACAGAAGAGGAAGGUUGAUGGACUUGCCAAGGAACUUGAGAGGAAGGUCUUGGCAUUCCAGAGAAUAGAGAGCAAGGUUCUUGGUACAAAACUAUAUGAGCAUGAACUAGAAGUAAAUGUUCGGAAUCUCGCAGAGAGAAAAAAUCUGUUGGAUAAGUUCAGGGAAAGAAUAGAUGCUGAGAAGUUAAAACACCAAACUCUCAUGGGAGAGAUGCAGCAGAUAACCGUGAAAGGAUUCCAAACAGGAUUUUAUUCCAUUUUUGAAUCCUUGGUUGAAUUUUCAAAGGCUUCUGUAAAAAUGUAUGCUGACAUUGUGACUCGAUGUUAA